UGGUCGCCGCGGCCGCAGCCCGGUGCCCCGGGAGGUGCCGGGGGUGCUGGGUCCCGCCCGAUGCGGCGGGCAGGAUGCACCAGAAGCUGCUGCGGAGCGCGCACUACAUCGAGCUGGGCAGCUACCAGUACUGGCCGGUGCUGGUGCCCCGUGGCAUUCGCCUCUACACCUACGAGCAGAUCCCCGUCUUCCUGAAGGACAACCCCUACAUCACCGACGGCUACCGGGCCUACCUGCCCUCCCGCCUGUGCCUCAAGAGCCUCUUCAUCCUCUCCAACGAGACCGUCAACAUCUGGAGCCACCUGCUCGGCUUCGUCCUUUUCUUCACGCUAGGAAUCUACGACCUGACGGCUGUGCUGCCGGCCGCCGGAGCCUCCCGGGAGGACUUCGUCAUCUGCUCCGUCUGCCUCUUCUGCUUCCAGGUGUGCAUGCUUUGCUCAGUAGGAUAUCAUCUUUUCUGUUGUCACCGCUCAGAGAAGACCAGCCGGCGAUGGAUGGCAUUAGAUUAUGCAGGAAUUUCCAUCGGGAUCCUGGGCUGCUAUGUGUCAGGCAUCUUUUAUGCAUUUUACUGUAAUAACUACUGGCGUCAGGUAUAUUUAAUCACUGUGCUGGCAAUGAUCUUGGCAGUAUUUUUUGCUCAGAUUCAUCCCAGUUACCUCACGAAACAGUGGCACAGACUUCGCUCCAUCAUCUUCUGCUCCGUGUCUGGAUACGGAAUCAUUCCCACCAUCCACUGGGUUUGGCUCAAUGGCGGCAUUGGUGCAUCUAUUGUACAGGAGUUUGCUCCGCGUAUAGUUGUCAUGUACUUCAUCGCUGCUGUAGCUUUUCUCUUCUAUAUUUCCAAAGUUCCAGAAAGAUACUUCCCAGGCCAGCUGAACUACCUCGGCUCGAGUCACCAAGUGUGGCAUAUCCUUGCAGUGGUGAUGCUGUACUGGUGGCAUCAGUCCACAGUGUACAUCAUGCAAUACCGACACAGCCAGCCCUGUCCUGAGUAUAGCCCAGGCUUGUGAGUGAAGAUGAAAAUUCUGACUUUGAAGGUCUGCACCUUACCUGCUGAGCUGAGCUAUGAGGUGAAGCACUGAGGCACUUCCUUUUCUGACUUCUGGACUGCUGCCUGGUUGCUGUUGUGUUAUGGUGACAUUUGGAAAAACCAACAGUGUGGCUUGAGAUCCGAGCUGCAUUUCCUUCCUAUUCUGCAGCCCAGUAUAAAACAGGUCUUCCUGAAGUGGGACAAUGGAAAGAUGGGCUGGAAGACUCAGCAUUUUUCUGCUUGGGAGACACAAAUGACAGAACUCAGUCCCCUGCUGAGCUCCCCAGCCCACAUACCAGGUGUUGAGGUUUGGCUCAAGUGGGUCAUUAAGACACAGCUCCUGGCUGUGUGUGUGUGUAAACCCACAGUAACUGUGGGGCCUGGUGCUGGAUCUAAAUCACAGUGGUACAGUGUGUUGCAGCCACAGCAUCUUUAUCUGAAUGACUUCCUUCAGCACUGGCACAGUAACUCCUUUACUUCUUUUACUUCUUAUUGAGUAACUCUUACUUUGGACAAGCUCUUCUCUUUCUGGAAGACAAGAUGAGGUGUCAUCCACCAUAGCUACUCCUUCCUUUCAGAUCCUAAAACUUGCCAAUAUGGAUAGUGCCAUUACUUCAAGAGAUUUCUCUAGAUCCCUCCAGCAAUUUGGAAUCGGUGUUCUAAACUACUUCAGGAGCAGUGCUAAAGCCUGUGUGCUCACCCUUAUUACUAUCUUGCAAUCAGUAGAGUUGCUAAGAAUUAAAGUUACAUUUGUUUAACAGGUGAAAUAACACAUCCCAAGUAGGGAAUCUGCUGGAGAUUUGAAUCACUGACCAUUGGCCUUUUAAUGUGGGAUGUGUGGUACUGUCCUUGCAGACUUUGUUACCGAAAAUGACUUAAUUACCGUAAGCCUGCCGCAGUAAAAAGGGUGCCUUGGGAUUUAGAAUGUCAUGAAACCAGCUCUUAGAAACUUUAGGGAGUUUAUAACUUACAUUAGGGAGACACAAAAUGCGCAGGUUAUUAGGUUGCUGUAGCAUAAUUAACCUGAGGGGUGCCGUUUUUCCAACAGGAUUGGAAUUCUUUGGAUUUGGGGAUUAGAAUCUGUGUUUGUAAGUGACUUCUGUGUAGCAGCUGUGCUUCUGUUCACAGUCUGGUUGAGCAGUGGUAGCAAAUGCUGAUUGUUCACAUGAUCCAGCCAUUAGUCAGCAUUAGCGCUUUGGAGAGUCCUUUGCUUGCUUCCAGGUGCUGUUACCAUUUAAUCCCGUAUGGUUCAAGUUUGGGAGCACAGCUGUUGAAGGAUGAGGUGGCAUCAGCAUGGCUGGUGUUGGAAAGCAGGAGAUAACGUUGUUUCUGCUUUAAUGCCAGGCAGAAACGUUGUGGUCUGAGAUUAAGUGUCCCAGCUGCCCUUAUUACCUGCAGCAUGGCCUUGGAGAGCAUCCCAACAAACUUCUCAUCUUUUGUGAUCCUCUGACACGAGCCAGCUUAGAACAUGCUGAUGUGGCCUGGUAGGAUUUCAAACAAGUUAUCUUACUCCUGAGUCCAAGGCACAGGGGAGUAAAUCCUUAAGGCAAGGUGCUAAAAGCUCUAUAACAUGCAAGAAGCCCUUAAUGCACUAUUGCCUUUGUCAGCGCUGUUCCCUUGCCUCUAGGGGGGGAUUCCCCCAUGGGUUUUAGCUCAUGGGGAGGGGGAGAGGGCUGCCUUGGUGCAGUGCCCUCAUCAGGGCAGACAGGCUGCUCUUGAGUCCCCCCAUGCUGCCUCUUCCCCAGCCUUCCCCAUCAGGGCUGUGCCAAAGACCCACAGAAAACUGAUGAAAUCUUACUGUCAGGCACCUGAACUCUAGUCAGGGCUGGAGGAGGCAGGACACCAACUUCUCUACUGGUGUGCUGGAGAGUUAACGCCAUCUGUCUCUUAAGUUCGGUGGGUUGUUGGGGGGUUUUUCCAACUCCAGGAACAUGUAGUAGCAAGAACUGACUUUGCCCUUGAGAUUCAACUCCCUGACUUUGAGCCUUUCAGUGUAAACGCUGAUUUUUUAUUUAUUUUUUUUAAUUUUUUUACUUUUUUUUUUUUUUUUAAACUUGACAGCCAGGCCAGUUGCAAGUGCACUAAUUACUACCGCUGAAGCCUGAGGAGGAACCUGCAAGUAGAAAAGCCCAUUUCCAGUGUUAUGUGAAAACUAACGUUUGAAGAACGUGUUUGUGUAUUGAGAGCGUACUGACUUGAUAGUUUGGUAAGGUAUUUUUAUGUCAACUCUUACCUACUGUAGCAGUUUUCACUGGAUCAGGAAACUGACUGCCAAGAUGUACAUUUUUAUUACCCUGAUGAACUUUUAUCAAGCUGCAUGAUGGUCUUCUAUGUACAUACUGAACCUGUAAAUAAAUUCCAUUUCAUUGGCCA